AAUUAUGAUGUACACGAUAUUCGUGGGAAACUGCGCUGGAGCCAGCCGCUUGGACCUGGAAGACGAAUUUCGACAGUUUGGGAAAAUACUCCGGACGAUGGACCUCGAAUGGGCGGUGGUGGUGGAGGUCGAGGUGGUUUCUCGCCCCCUCCCCCUCGACCAGACAUUUCUCUGGAGGCCAGACUCCGUGAGGUAGCGGAGAGAGAGCGACUGAUUGAACUGGAACAGCAAAUCAUGAUCAAAGAGCAGCAGGCUCAGGAGAUGCUUAUUGCGCAAGAAAUGGAGAAACGCAAGAUGGAGAUGAUGGAGUUGGAGAGAUCUUCGGCAGCUGCGUCCAGCUCACAGGGGCAAAUGGGUCCUCCCUCUGGACCAGGGGGGUCAGUCCACUCCAGACAUAGACAGAUGUCUCCAAAGAGAUUCCCUGAAGAGAGAUUUCCCGAUGAGUUCGAACCUCCUGCCGCCAAACAGCGAAGGGGGGUGAACAACUCAUCCUUCGGAAACAACGAUCAUUUGGAUAUGUAUCGCAAUAUGGUAGAUUGCUGCGUCAUCUACGUCGACAAACAGCUCAGGUCAUACGCGGAGUCCGUUCAAAACGUCUGCGUCGCGGCCGGCUUGGUCGCAGAUGUGCAAUUCAUUUCGCGUGACGAAUCCCUUGCUGGUACCCUGGACAAUCUGUCUCAGAAGGGAAUCAUCUCGGCCGUGAUUCUGGACGAACUGAACGAGCAGCGGAAAACUGCCAAUGUGCACUUUCUGCACGGCACUCCCCGCGGGGAAAUACAGACUGGCAUUUCGGAACUGCCGCAUUGGCUGAGGAUGCACGAAGAGUAUAACAAGUAUUUAGUGGUCACUGGAAAACGAACACAGUCCCUGCGGGAGCUACUGGCGGAGCUCUGCGAUAACAGAGGAGGAAGUGGACGAGGUGACAACAACUCGACUAUGCCGGACCGACAUCCACAAAUGGGUGGGGGAGGGCCCGGAAGUAUGGGACAGGAGCAAAGCUCAAGGUCAUUCGCCCGAUAAAGACACAAUCAAACUACAUCCUAGGCUGUUCCUUAAACUUUUUUGUGUGCUAUCGCGACAAAGAACCGCCAUUUUUUUGAAUUUAAGCUGGAUAAAAUCAAGGAAUCGUUGAAAUAGAAUGAAAAAUACCAAUUUAUUAACGAGGAGCCAACUUUCGCGUUUUUUCCCCAAUUGUUAUUCUGGCGGUUCUUUUCUCGACUCUCUCGGGUUAUUUUUUCUGUUUACACUGCUAUUUAUUUUUCUGUUCUUA